AAUUUUAAUAAUUAUAGUGUCCCAUCAUUAAAUGUAUAAUUGCAUUGUAGUUAAACACGAAAGAUAUCCAGAUUAUUUCCAUAGCACAACCAAAACCAAUAAUUUAAUUAUAUUGUAUCAGCCCAAAGAGUCCCAACCUUUGGUUGGGCCUCCCUGUAAGAGCCCAAAGAGUCGGAGAAUGAUAAAAUCAUUCCCAAACUUUUUUUUUUUUUUUUUUUUUGCGCCCCAUAAAUAAAAUCAUGACCGUCAAUCAAAAAAUGAUGCCCUCUCAGCCACCUCGGAUCACAGUCGUAGAGGCAGAUGCCUUUUAGGUUAGCCACUCGAGAGUCAAAAUGUUGAUCGCUCUUAUUGGACAAAACAAACCCCAUUCUCCGGUAGGUUCAGCGAGGACCCUCCUCCCCCUCUCGACCGUCGCCAAAUCACUCCUAAUCGGUUCGGGAUGGAGGAGGCGGCCGGCCGCAACCAACACCACCACCAGCAGCAGCGCCACUUCUGGGGGGACGAUCCCGCGGACGAGGAAGAGUACUACGCAUCGCAGGGCAUCCGCGGCACGAGCUCGUCCUUCGCCUCGCCGGGGGGCUUGUCCCUCUUCGCCCGCUCCUGGCUGCCCUCUUCUUCGCCCCCCCGCGCCCUCGUCUGCAUGAUCCACGGCUACGGCAACGACAUCAGCUGGACCUUCCAGGCCACCCCCAUCUUCCUCGCCAGCCACGGCUUCGCCUGCUGCGCCAUCGACCUCCCCGGCCACGGCCGCUCCCCCGGCCUUCGCGCCUUCCUCCCCGACCUCUCCGCCGUCGCCGACGACUGCCUCGCCUACUUCGACUCCGUCCGCCGCUCCCCGGAGCUCCGCGGCCUCCCCUGCUUCCUCUACGGCGAGUCCAUGGGCGGCGCCCUCUGCCUCCUGAUCCACCUCCGCGACCGCCGCCCCGAGGCUGUCUGGCGCGGCGCCGUCCUCGUCGCCCCCAUGUGCAAGAUCUCCGACAGCAUCCGCCCCCGGUGGCCCAUUCCGCAAGUCCUGACCUUCGUUGCCCGGCUCGCUCCCACGCUGCCCAUAGUUCCCACGGCCGACCUCGUCGACAAGUCGGUGAGGGUCGAGGCGAAGCGGAAGGUGGCCGCGAGCAACCCCCUGCGGUACCGGGGGAAGCCGAGGCUGGGCACCGUGGUGGAGCUGCUCCGGGCCACCGACGACCUGGGAUCCCGCCUCUCGGAGGUGACCCUUCCCUUCCUCGUGCUCCACGGCAGCGCCGACGUCGUUACCGACCCGGCGGUGAGCCGGGCGCUGUACGACGCGGCCCGGAGCGAAGACAAGACCAUCAGGAUCUACGAGGGGAUGAUGCACUCCCUGCUCUUCGGCGAGACGGACGAGAACGUCGCCCUCGUCCGCAACGAUAUCCUCGCCUGGCUCAACGAGAGGUGCGGAGGAGCUCGACGAUGAAAGAACAAAACAAAACAAAAAUUACAUUGUGCUCCCUUCUUCAUAGCUGACACUUUCUGAAGAAACCGAUCUUGUAUUAUUUUGAUGCUGCUAUUAUCUGAAACAGUACAUCACAAAAAACUAAAUUGGUCCUUUUUUUUCCCCCCUUUUGGAUGUUCCAUUCCGAAAUAAAGCAUACGAAACACCCAAUCGAUCAUUGA